AUGGCGCUUCCAGAUGCUACCGGCGGUGUUGCUGUUGUUGGAGUUUCCGAGGCUUGCUGGCUCUGCAGGGAGGAUUUCGUGACUGAUGGAGAUUUGGACAUAGAUGCUUUGAAGGGCCUCGGUUUCCCAAGGGACUGGCCGCAAGUCUACACGGGCAGUGACGCGCUGAAGUCCAUGAUCGGGAAACGGGGGCGAAUCCCGGCCAAACGAGUUGCUGUUGCAGGGCCACCAACGCCGGAGCAGCUCUCGAAGCUCCCCCCGGUGUCGGAUCUUCACCUUGUUCCUCUGCACAGCUUUGGCAACGCAGAGACUUUGGCGAAACAUGCUGGACUAGGAGUAGUGAAGGGCUGGGCAGUCUUCGAGCGUUUGGACAAACCUAAAGGGACCGCUUUCGUUGCCGAGCGCUACUGGUGGAACUCUUUUCCGGAGGGCACCUGGAUCGAUUUGACUCCGCGCCCUCAGUCAUGGCAGCAGCUGCUGCUGGCAGAGCCAAUAACACUCGAGGAAAGCAAAAAGAAAACGGUCCUUAGCAAGGAGGUGUCGCAGCUCCUCUGCCAGCUGCUGAGUCAGAGAUUCCCGACUUACGUGCCCAAACAGCCACAAGUCAAAGAUAGAAAGGCAGGAGAUGCCAAAGCGAAGCCGAUGCCCGAGAGCACUAGCGACGCCAUCAAGAAGCAGUCUGGAUAUGUUGCCAGUGAAAGGGACAAACGAGGUGAACGGAAAGCCCAAAAGAGUGGUGUCGAUUAUUCCAAGUUCGACAACAUCGAGGACUCGGACGACGAGAAAUUGGUCCCCAAGCAAGCGCUUACCUUGCCCAUGGGCCUGCCAAGGGAGGCCGUUUCCCGUCAGGACUAUGACAACGUUUGGAGGGCUCUGCUGCAGGACAAGCGGCUCCCAUUCACGCCUGCACCAGACUUGGAUCAAAUGUGGGGGUACUACAAGUAUGGUGGCAUGGAUGAGCAGGCCUUGUUGGAUCAGGCCUGCGAGGUUCUUGGGAAGUUCCCCUGCAGAUUGGAUCCCGCAGACUGGAAAGCGAAGACUUACACCCUCACCAAGAAGCUUGAGAUGGAGAGCCGUGAGGACGAGGCCAGGAUGUGGUCGAUCAUUUGCAUCCUUCGUUUUCCAGACGCGGAUGCCUACUACAACCAGGGUGUGCUUUUGAACAAGCUCUGUGACAAAGUGAAAUUCGGCGGUGCAUUGCAGGUGAAGCUGCCGGCCCUGGACGCCGCUCAGGCGAAGAUGGUUCCGGUAGAGCAGUACUGCUCCCUUUUCUCCAGAGCCGGUGUCAGCUACUAUCGCAAGUCACUGAAAACGGAUCCCAAACAGCGUCCAGCAUACAUCAAUUUGAUUGGCAGCCUCGAACGCAACGAGCCGGCGAAUUGGUACAAUGAUGUGCACGACCUCGCAAUUACAGCUGUGAAGCAUGGGAUUUGGUAUACAAAGUGGCAAAGACCACCACAUUUUGUGCCUUCCUUGCCGGCUAAACCCUUCCACGACAGCAAGGACUUCCCUCUCUCGCGUGACUUAGAGGAGAAUUAUUCCAUCAUCAAGGCAGAGUUCGAGGCCUACAUGGAGAAGUUGGCAAACCGCAAGGACUGGGACGACUCGGACAAGACGCCGGGCCUCGGCGACGUUGGCAAUCGCCCCGGCGCUUUACAUGACGGCGGCCUCAAGAAAUCCGGGAAGUGGCAAGAAGUACCGCUCUUUACCAACUGCGCGAAGCAGCAUGAGUACACUGAACAGUUCCCCGAAACAACUCGAAUUCUACAGACACACUGCGCGGAUGCCACUGGCUUGGCUUUCUGCGGCGGAGGCGACGUGAUUUUUAGUGUCCUGACUCCUGGAACCCGACUGCGGCCGCACUGUGGCCCCAGCAACGCACGGCUGACGUGCCACCUUGCGAUCAGAGUCCCACGCUCUUGCCAGCAGGGCUGUUACAUCCGCGUCGCAGCCGAAGAGCCGCGAGGCUGGGAAGAGGGACGCUGCCUGGUGUUCGAUGACUCGUUUGAGCACGAGGUCGUUUUUGCUGAGGCGAGGGCAGACGAACCUUAUCCUGGCAACCGGGUUGUACUCCUGGCCAAUUUCUGGCACCCUGAUUUCGGCUUCAAGAACGAUCCUGAGUGGCGGCAGAAAUCGGAUGCAAUGAUGGCAUCUGUGGAUGUGGAAACCCUUCCGCAGACAUCCAUUAUGAAAACUCCGGCUCAGCCUUGA